CGAGAUCAUCCAUCCGACACCCGGAAGCAAACACGACACUUGCGUAGUCCACGCGUUCCUCAAUGGCGAUACCCAACUACGAGCUUGGAGGCAAUGUCGGCAGCGGCGACUCCGGCUACCACUCAUACGAUUAUCACGCGCAGCCCAAGAAACGCUCGGGCUCACGAUCCAGCUCGCUCUCGAGACAGUUUCGUACAUGGCUAGGGUCGUCGGUAAGAAGCAGGUCUGUGGAUCGAGGAGUUGACGGAAGUAGUGGGACAAGUUGGCUCCGUGGUCGUCGCACCCGGGAUGCCGACCCCGAGCAACCUCGCAGACGCCCGGUACGACCCCCCCCCCCCCCCCCCCCCCCAGCAAGUCAUACUCGACCGUAACGUAGCUAAUCCUUGAUUACCAGCGCAAGCUCAGCAAGCGGAGACCUCCCUACCCCGAAGAUCCAUGGCCGGUGGCCCCCGAUCCCGAAACCGGUGUACAGGUCAAUACCACCCGGUUUAUACGUCGAGGAUCUGUCACCGAAAACUUGCCGAGUGACGCUGGGCGCGAAACGGUCUCGAACCCAACAUCGGUGCAAAACGCCUCUGCUCCGGCUCCUCUAUCUGUCGACACCUCACACAGCCGUCUGGACCCCAGAUCUGCCUCGAGUAACACAUUACAGACGCACUGGUGUAACUCUUCCACGACUCGGAGUCCAGGUCCUCUUCGUCGUCGAUUCCCCAUCCGGUUCAGCAGAAGUGACCCCGGCCCUCCCCCACCACCACCCAAGGAUUUCGCGCCCAACGAUCACGAAUACUCGCCCAAUCCCAACCCUGCGACACCUCCGAGUCCCGCAACGAGAGUCCCCUCACUUGCUCCCGAGCUCGAACCGCUCGAUAUCCGUUCCAGCCUUGCUUCUGUCAUGCAGCUAUGGAUGAGCGCCGAAUCAAGCCUGCACCGACGCGGCUCUCUGCCCAUCUUCCCCAAAGUAGACAACAAAGCGACCAAGCGCCCCACGGACCUCAGCGCCGUCCCAGCCCCGGACUACAAUCAGUCAAAAAUGCUUCAGACCGUCGCUGAAGAUAACUUCCGUCUUCGGCAAAUAAUUCGGCUAUGCGAUUGGCUCCACGAUCACCCACAGGAUGAAACCACUCCUCCUAACGUGAUCUUCGAGCGAAUCGGAACACUCAAGUCGAUGCUCCAUCCUCCAUUCGAGGCGUCCGCUCGCGCUGAUCA